CCCAGGCCGGGGGCGGGGCGCCGGGCGGGCGUGGCGUUAUUUCCAGCUUGCCGGAGGCUCCGCUCGCACUUCGCUGGGAGCCUUCCCGGCGCGCUAGCGGGAUCUGGCGGUUCUGUGCGGAGAGGAGAAGCCGGCGGUGGGGGCCGGGAGGUGGGAGGCAGGGGACGGACCCGCGCCGGGGGCCGAGGAAGAACACGCCACCGCACCCUCUCCCCCUCCCUCUCCUGCGCGCUCUGGCCGCCGGCCCGCGCCGCUCGCCUCACCCACCGCACCGGGCUCAGCUCGGAGCGGGAGGAGGCCCCGGGCCCAAGCUGGGGCGGAGGUCCUCCCUGCAGCCCGGAGCCCGGGAGCGGAGGAUUCGCCGUGGAGGACCGAGCCUGGGCUGGAGGCGCCCGCGACCCCGCGAGCGCCGGCUGCGCCAGACCGUGCCCUGAUGGAUGCAUGGUGUGGACGAUGAAGGAAGAACGCACCUCCCACACCCGAGAGGUGACCCCGGAGCAAGCCCCGGAUGACCGCACGAGCCGGAACCAUGCGGCUGGCCUGCAUGUUCUCAUCCAUCCUGCUGUUCGGAGCCGCAGGCCUCCUCCUCUUCAUCAGCCUGCAGGACCCCACGGAGCUCGCCCCUCAGCAGCUGCCAGGAAUAAAGUUCAGCAUCAGGCCACAGCAGCCCUACAACGACGUCCCACCAGGCAGCUCCCAGGAUGGUGAUUCAAAGGCACCGACGGAGAAGGUCCCCGGAGACUUGUCCAGCCGGGCCCCAAGGGACUUCCACCUGCCAGUGCCAGACCAGCCUCAAGCCCACCUAAACACGGGGGCCCGGCCCCGGCCCCGGCAGCGCCGCCGGCGGCUACUUAUCAAGAAAAUGCCCCCUGCGGCAGCUGUCCCGGCCAACGGCUCAGUGGGCGUGUUUGCGCGGCCGGCACCCUGGGCCCCCGACGGCCACUGGGUCACCCUGCAUCGCAGCCAGCAGGAGCGCAAGCGGGUGAUGCGGGAGGCAUGUGCCAAGUAUCGGGCCAGCAGCAGCCGCCGGGCGGUCACCCCCCGCCACGUGUCCCGCAUCUUCGUUGAGGACCGCCACCGCGUGCUGUACUGCGAGGUGCCCAAGGCGGGCUGCUCCAACUGGAAGAGGGUGCUCAUGGUGCUGGCGGGGCUGGCCUCGUCCACCGCCGACAUCCCGCACAAUACUGUCCACUACGGCGGCGCCCUCAAGCGGCUGGACACCUUUGAUCGCCAGGGCAUCCUUCACCGCCUCAGCACCUACACCAAGAUGCUCUUCGUCCGCGAGCCCUUCGAGAGGCUGGUCUCCGCCUUCCGCGACAAGUUCGAGCACCCCAAUAGCUACUACCACCCCGUGUUCGGCAAGGCCAUCAUGGCCCGUUACCGGGCCAACGCAUCCCGGGAGGCACUGCGGACGGGCUCUGGCGUGCGCUUCCCCGAGUUCGUCCAGUACCUGCUGGACGUGCACCGGCCCGUGGGCAUGGACAUCCACUGGGACCACGUCAGCCGGCUGUGCAGCCCCUGUCUCAUCGACUAUGACUUCGUGGGCAAGUUCGAGAGCAUGGAGGACGACGCCAACUUCUUCCUGAGCCUCAUCCGGGCGCCGCGGAACCUGACCUUCCCGCGGUUCAAAGACCGGCACUCGCAGGAGGCCCGGACCACGGCGCAGAUCGCCCGCCAGUACUUCACCCAGCUUUCAGCCCUGCAGCGGCAGCGCACCUACGACUUCUACUACAUGGACUACCUGGUUUUCAACUACUCCAAGCCCUUUGCGGACCUGUACUGACGCGCAGGGCCGGCUGGCCGCUGGCAGCCCCACCCCACGUGCCCGUGCACGCUCCCGCACCUGUCCGCGCUCCGGACACGGGAGCAGCCGCGACUGCUCGGUGCCGCUGGCCCUACGUGGGGGACAGAGGCCCGGGCCUUGGAGGGGAGCCUCUGGCCCCUGUCCCAUCCCCACUUCCUCAUGCCUCCGCUGAGGAAGACGCCCGGGGGUUGAGCAGGACCCCAGGAGUCCCAGCUGCAUACACCCAGCUCAGCGAAGAGUCAGGAUGGCCGGGGAAGUCUGAGGCCCGGAAGACGAGGGCCCCAGCGGUGAGGGACUUCCUGCGGUCCCUUAGCCAUUGCCUUGUACCAAACCACAUGGUUUGCAGCUUUUCUAUGAGCCAGGGGGGAGAUUCCCUCGGAAAGAGAUUCCAAAUAAAGCACAUGGUUUCCAGAGUAGAGGUGUCCACACUUGGUGUUGGUAUGGGAACACAUGGCCCCUUCCCCGGGCUCUGGGGGCUCUUUCUCUCUCCCCAGGGGCCUGAGCCAGGCGUCUGCAGGUCCUGCUGCAGGAAAGGAGGCAGGGAGAGUAGAGGAUCUGAGGCUCCCAUUCAGGGUACCUGGGGCCUCUGGUCUCAGUUCCAGCCCAUUUAUCCUGAAAGGAGACACUUGACCUGUCCCCGUGGAGGCACACUGGGGUCUCUUCUUGUGCGUCACUUUGUGGAGACCCUCUGGGGACCUGCCCGGGUUCCCUGGGUAAGCUGCCAUGUGGGGAUCUGUGGGGUCCAGCAUGGGGGUUCUCCGUGGGUAUGGCACUUACAGGCUGUUGUCUGGAGACCCCUUGACCUGGCCUUGACCCCUGGCUCUCUUCACUUGACCAGAAACCCUUAAAGCUUUCAGGGCUGCCCACCCUUGGGGGAGGAGUAAGAGAUGCCCACAGGGGGAACUUCUCCAACAGUGUACUUUCCACACACAGUAAUGGCUCUGAAAUUGUCCAAAGCCAGAGUGAUUCUCAAAAGGUCCCAGAAAAAGUGUGUUGGAGCUUUAAG